UGAAAUAAAGAAGUAACAUUAGAAUGCAAUUUUAAAGAAAAAAAAAUGCAAAAUCACAAAAAAUAUAAUAAAAAGAUAUAAAACUAUCAGUAAAACAGAUUCGCAGUGAUAUAGUAUUCGACUAUAAACCCGAAUAUUUACAUUUCGAGUAUUUUGAUGAUCUAUAUGAAGAAUCAGAUUAUUAAUUUUUUACCAGGACCCCAAUUUUAAAAUUAAAAUCGAAUUAAUCAUUUGAAGUAUUAACGGAAGUUUCUGAAAACGAGAGAGAAUUAAUAGAUAAAUGUAAUGAAGAGGGAAGUUAUAAAAACAUAAACGAAAAUACAGAUAAUAAUAGCCAAAAGAAUUUACUAAAAAGCGAAGGAAGUACUUGUAAAUAAUUAGUUGUUUAAUUUUCUUAAGAAUUAAAUUAUAAUAAUACUGAAAAUAAGAAAUAGAUGGAAAAAUAAAAAUCUAAUUAAAGUAGUUAUUCUAAAAAAAGCUAUUCUUAAAAUUAAUAAUUUUAUUCUUAUUUUCACACUAUUAAUGAAUUUGAAAAAGCCAAAGAUUUCGAAAAAUAUUAUCCUCAUAAUAAUUUGAAAAGAAUAUUAAAUAUAAUUAAUUUUAAAAGAAAAUAAAAAUAAUUCUUUAGUAUGUAGUUGGCUAUGAAAACUAAAAAUAUUUAAAUAAGAAGUAAAAGAGAGAGUCCGCA